GCGCACAUUUCCAGAAAACGAGCUUGUGUGUUAUCGUGUAGAAUCCAGAUUCCGAAGGCACAAGCCACGGCAUCGAAAGUUUGUAAGAUUCAUCCAUAAGACACUCGCCUGGACAUUGUGGUCGUACAUAUUUGAUGUCGUGGGGGUGCUGCCGCAUUGAAUUAUGGAUAGGAUAUGCGGAAGGUGUGCUUUGAGCCUGUGCCAGCGCCUGGCUGCAACGCGCAGCCCUGUGGACGCUUCGAGUGUACUUCGCUGGAGCCAUACUGCUCGUUACUCUGAAAACAGCAUGGUUAUUAGUCGCAGAGGGUGCAGCAGCGGUGCGGCGGUAGGCUCUUCGUCCCGGGUUGGUCUCAAGCAGCAACCCAGCCAAGUCAGAGCCAUUCAGUCUACGGAGUUGUCGGCAAACAAUAUUUCUUCCGCGCGAGCAGCUGCCCCCAAUAGUGCAAGCCCCUCAACGAAGCCUGCGCCGUCUUCGGGAAAGACGAAGAAGGCUGGCAAGAAGAACGCUGAGGUAUUCACCAGCCAGCACCUAGACAUCAUCAAGAUGCUCCAUAAGCGUCGUCACCAGCUCAAAGCGCGCAUUAGGCAGUUGCGUGAGCGGGAGAGGACGGAAAAAUCCAACAGAACUGAAUCAAAAAUCGAGGAACCGGGAAGGAAGGGUGCCCUCGUGCGACUGCGCGACCCAGCGGUGCCGCUGAAGAGUGCCCUUGUCCCGACGUCUUCUGCCAGCCAGACUGCCCUUCUUCCAUUCGCUCCUGAGGGCGGUCGCGAUGGCCGCUUGGAUCUCCUUGCCGCGCUGCAAGUACGUGAUCCCGAUUAUCUGGAGCAGGACCAUCUGUCCAACGUCAGCGACUUCCGUUUGUCGCUGGCGUCAUCAGUGUCGCGUACACUUCCGGCCGCAAAGCCGAUUUCUUCUCCCGCGGCUCCGGCUGUCGGCCCGAGAAAGACCGCUAGGUGGGAGGCAUCGUCUGCCGUGGCUGCAGCGUCGUGGAAGCAGCAGGAGGCGCUGGCAGCGGAGUAUAACGAGAAGCGCCGCGUGGAGGCCAGAAUGCGACCGGCUAAUCUCAAAAAUCUGAACUCCACGCUCAAGGCCUACAUCUUGGCAUGUACGCACGCUGAUAUGGCUUCCCCGGCUGUCGGUGCUUUCAUGUUCUACCGCGACAAAUAUCCUGAUCCAGCUGAUCGAGCCAUCGUCUUGGAUUUAGAUGUGUGCAAUUUGUUGAUGAACUUAUUUGCCAAGAAGGGCAGAAUGGAUCGUAUCAAGGAGAUCUUCCACUGGAUGCGAUCCGAUCGCAUCAAACCAGAUGCGCAGUCUUUCGCUUUGGCGCUAGAAACUCUUGGACGGCAGCCGACGUUGGACCUUAAAACAGCCCGCCGAAUUGCCAGACAAAUGACGGAAGAGAAAAUCAGCUUCCAGGUUUUGUUCGAGCAGUGCAGAUUCGUGUUGGACGAGAAGGAAAAGGUGCUGGAAGUAAUCCGCCAAAUGCAGCCCGGCUGGAAGAUGGUUCCCAUCCGCCGUCUGUUUCCCUACGAGCCGGAAAUCUUGCGCUGCCUGAAUCAGCGCCCCACCAGUACCCUGAUGGACACGCCUUACCGCGGUGUCACCAAGCCGGAACAGUGGCCCGCCCUCCUGUCCGAGCAGCUGAAGCGGGAAAUGCACAGCGUAGUGCGUGUGCGCUCGGUAGAUGCGCCGCUGCAGUUGGACGCCAAGACUGCCGCCUGUCGGCUAGUGUGGGAGCAGCAAAAGGAGACUUGGAAGCAGGUGUUGACGAAGGCUUUUGAGCGCGGAAAAGAAGUGGUCAAGAAUCACACGCGGAACCAGCGGGCGGUCAACAUCUAUCCGUUGCUCUGCGCUUUAAAACCAGAGGACUAUGUUGACAUCCUGGUGGAGGAAGUCGUACGUCUGGCGCAGGGCUCUGAGGGAUAUUCUCCAUCGACCAUGGUGCUGGAUAUGCUGUUAGGGCAAAAAGUUAUGAAUAAGUACUUGGUGGAGUGCAAGCAGAAAUAUGGGAUCGUCAACCGGCUGGAAAGUGUUUACAAAGAGUACUUCAAGUACUUUGACAAUCCCGCGGAAAUUACUCAGUACAACUGCCGCGAAAAGUGGCAGAAGGUGGAAGAGGAGCUGCAGCUGACCAAAUACCCGACUUUGAGUGACCACGUCUGGUCAAAGGCGCUGACGGUGCGGCUAGGCAAAUUUCUCAACGACAUCAUCGUCAACGAGGUGAAGAUCGAUGUCAACUGCAUGCGCAUCAAGUCAGUGGAGCCACAGUACACACCGGCUGUCUUCAAACUAUACAAAGAGCGGGCCAAGGAGCUCUGCGAAGAACUGAGGCCUCAUCCUUUGCUUGUACGGCUGUAUAAGGCCGCGUCGCCAGAUACGCUGACCUUUGAGACUACCAUGUGCCCCACCAUUGUGCCGCCGCUACCGUGGACGGAGGUGCGCUCUGGUGGAUAUCUUCUGCAGCACACCGUUUUAACGCGGUUGCCAGAAAUGGCCAUUGCGUCGGACUGCGUGGUUGCCCGCGCUCCUGCGCCUCAGCUAUACCCGGUGUUUGACGCGCUGAACCAGUUAGGCGCUUCGCCAUGGAUCAUUAACAAGCCCAUGCUGGACCUGGUGAUUAGCAUCUUUCGCAAUAAAGGCAUGCCGGACGUUGACAUCCCGGCCCCGGUGUCCGAUUGCCUUCCACUCCCCAAACUUACCCAGGGAAUGAGUAAUAUUGAGAAAAUGGAAGUGUUCCGAGAGCGCUUUCGGUUGAAGCGCCGCAAAAACGAAAUGUUCAGCCUGUGGUGCGACGCUCUCUAUAAGUUGUCCAUUGCCAAUCAUUUCCGCGACAGUGUUUUCUAUUUCCCGCAUAACAUCGAUUUUCGCGGACGCGUCUAUCCUGUACCACCACAUUUCCAACAUCUCGGAGGCGACAUGACCCGCAGUCUCUUAUUGUUCGCCAAGGGGAUGCCAUUGGGCGAGAAGGGUCUCGACUGGCUGAAGAUCCAUCUGAUCAAUCUCACUGGGUUGAAGAAAAAAUGUUCGAUCGCUGAACGGCUUGCCUAUGCCAAUGAAAUAAUGGACGACAUUCUCGAUUCGGCUGACAAUCCUUUAACGGGGCGGCAGUGGUGGAAGAGUUCGGAUGACCCGUGGCAGUCGUUGGCCUGCUGCAAAGAGAUCGCUAAUGCAUCCCGCUCACCCGACCACCGCUGCUUUGUCAGCCACUUCCCCAUCCAUCAAGACGGCUCCUGCAACGGACUGCAGCAUUACGCCGCCCUGGGACGCGACAGCCUAGGCGCACAUCAAGUCAAUCUAGCCCCGGCUCCGGUCCCGCAAGAUGUCUACAGCGGAGUCGCCGCCUUGGUGGAAGAGGAGCGCCGGCAGGAUGCUGAACGUGGUAUUGAAGUCGCGAAAGCGCUGGAUGGGUUUGUUGGUCGCAAGGUGGUGAAACAGACGGUGAUGACGAUCGUGUAUGGCGUAACGCGCUACGGAGCGCGCCAGCAGAUCCAUGGUCAGCUAGCGGACUUGCGCGCCUUCGACCAGGAGAAGUCGUGGCCUGGCGCCUCCUACUUGGCCGGAAAGACCUUCGACAGCAUCCGUCAAAUGUUCACCGCUACCCGCCAGAUUCAGGAGUGGUUCGUGGAGUGCGCUCGUCUCAUUUCUACCGUCCGCGAACGGCCCAUUCAGUGGGUUACACCGUUGCAGCUACCCGUCCUGCAGCCCUACUUCAAGCAGACCAAGCAACACCAGAAAUCUCGACAAACCCUGCAUCUUAGCGUCGACAAGGGGAAAAUCAACACGAUGAAGCAGAAAAACGCCUUCCCGCCCAACUUCAUCCACUCUUUGGACUCCACGCAUAUGAUGCUGACGUGCCUCCACUCUGCCAGGGCCGGGAUCAGUUUUGUGUCCGUUCACGACAGCUACUGGACACAUCCCAUCAGCGUGGAUAUCAUGAACAAGCUGUGUCGGGAGCAGUUCGUGGCGAUGCACAGUCUGCCCAUCCUGGACGACCUUUCCCGCUACCUGGUGAAGGAGUUCGCAUUCGACCAAGCUGAGGUGGCUAAUUUGCCGCCGGACUCGUCACCCGUGAUACUGAAUAAAACCCUUCAGCAUGUCCCUGCUAAAGGCGACUUUGACCUUAGCUCCGUGCUACGAUCGGUAUACUUUUUCAGUUGAGUUAUUUGUUCAGUCUGCAGUUAUUGGUUUGUUCUGUUAAUGCGCUGUGUGCAUGGCUGCAUGCUGAUUUGUACGAAAUAUUGUGAGUUUUUAAUUUUUAACGCCUUGAAAAACCGUGUGCUGUCUGCUGUGAUUUUGUGACCCGCUAGGAAGUGAUAGAAGGUGCACUUUACCCAUAUAAGUGGUUUAGCUUGCUGAAUUGGCUUAUGUUAAUUGACAAGCGAAUUCAAAAGCAAAGAAAAUGCA